GGCAGAGGCAUUCCCCACACAGAUCAGCUAGCUCCACCAGAGAAGCAAAGCAAACCCUUCUUCCCUGAGAUGGCAUCCGGUUCGAUGAGCUCCUCCUGGACCGCGAAGGAGAACAAGAUGUUCGAGAAGGCACUGGCGGUGUACGACAGGGACACCCCCGACCGCUGGCACAAGAUCGCCCGGGCCAUCGGCGGGAAGACGGCGGACGAAGUGAAGCGCUACUACGACCUGCUCGUGGAGGACGUGCGCCGCAUCGAGGCUGGCCAAAUGCCGUACGCCAAUUACCGGUCCUCUAAUGGCAGAGGUUGAGAGUGUUUGGAGCUCAACCGGAGAACGAACAAGAAGCAAGGAGCAUUUCACUGUUCUGGAUAUCAGUUAUCACAAUCUUAAUUAUAGGACUAUAUGAACUCUACAUGUCUGUGGACUUACAAGUAGUUUCUUCUAUGCAGUCUUCUUUCUCCCUUCUGUCGUGUACUCCCAGAUAUAUCGAAGACUGCCAUCAUAAACAUAUAUAUGGCUAGUCUUCUUGUAAUCGGUUAUCUUGCUUGCUAAUGAACGCUUAGUAUUGUUCUAUUCUAUAA